AUGACUGCGUUUCUAGGGAUUUAUAAGGCCAUAUAUAAGUAUGAUCCGCAAUCCCCAGAGGAAUUGGCCAUCGACGAAGAUGAUUUGUUGUAUUUAUUGCAAAAAUCAGACGUUGACAAUUGGUGGACUGUAAAAAAGCGAGUUAUCGGACCGGAGGCAGACGAACCAACUGGGUUGGUUCCAAAUAACUACAUUGAGGAAGCACCCGUGAUCUCGACGGCUCGGGCAAUCUACGAUUACCUUGAAGUACAAAAUCCUGAUGAGGAGCUGGUAUUCCACGAGAAUGAGGUGUUUGACGUGUUCGACGACAGGGACCCAGACUGGAUCUUGUGUCGGUCACAAACUAGCAAUGAAGUUGGGUUUGUUCCCGGCAACUACGUUGAGUCAGCUUCGGGUGCAAGCGGCGUUGGAUCUUCAGCUGCGACAACUGCACCCUCUGCGCCUGCUGCACCAGUCGCUGCACCGUUACCACCUCUUACCACUGUAGACAUAAGUCAGUUACCACCUCCUCCCCAGCAUGUUAGUCGAAGUCCUGAAGCAAUUGCACCAAAACCAGACGAAAGUACUAAUGCCCAAUCAGAGCGAUACAUUGCGCACGACGAUGACGUUCCCCCAGCUAAACCGGCAAGACCAGUCGACGAUGAUUAUGAGAUUCCACCCCCCAAACCUUCGAGGCCUGUUGAUGAUGCUCCCCCCGCUCAACGAUCGAGGCCGACUACCCGUGAUUCCUACGGUGAUUAUGAUGAUGAGUACAGAGAUGACCCUCGGGAUGACCAGAGGUUCAUUGAGGAAGAGGAUAGCUCUGCCUUCCACACUUGGUCUAUUUCUGAGGUCGAUGGUCGUAAAAAACGCAAGGCAAAGCUUGCUAUUGGGAAGAACACUAUUUUCUUUACACCUUCAAAAGGAUCUCCUCAACAAUGGGCAAUCGAGGACCUUAACACUUAUGAUAAUGAAAAAAAGCAUAUUUUUCUGGAGUUUUCUAAUCCAUACGCCAACAUUGAAAUCCAUACUGGGUCCACUGACGUUGCAAACGAGAUUAUGUUCUUUUUGAGCGAACUCAAGGGAGCUUCUCGAGCUGGUGGUCUUCGGGAAGUGGAAGCUGCUUCAAAAAGUUCUUCCAAAAAGCAGGGUAAAAUCAUUUAUGAUUUUGUCGGUGAGUCUCCAGAUGAAUUAACUGUUAAAGAGGGACAAAUGGUUUACAUUUUGAAUGAUAAGAAGUCAAAAGACUGGUGGAUGUGUGAAUUGGUAGAAACUGGAAAACAGGGUGUUGUGCCAGCUCAAUUCGUUGAACCCUCAUCCCAAUUGUCAUCCAUGAUGGGUACACUCAAAAAGUUUGGGAAAUCGCCUAAAAAGAAGAGUCCACCCUCCGGAAAUUGGAAAGAUGAUGUUGAACAAGACAUUCCUUCAAAGAAAAAAUCUUCAAGACGUAGGGCCUCUUCCUUCCUACACUCGAAGAAAAAAGACAAGGAAUCUUCGUCAAAGAAAGAUAAAGAGUUUCCUGACCCAAAAAAGACUCGUAUAUGGGUGGAUAGAAGUGGCACUUUCAAAGUCGAGGCAGAGUUUAUUGGUUGUGUUGAUGGUAAAAUUCACUUGCAUAAAGCUAAUGGUGUGAAAAUUGCUGUCGCUGCUGAUAAGCUUUCUCCGGAUGACCUUCUAUAUGUCGAAAGAACCACGGGUAUGUCGCUGGACAAGUUCAAAACCAAAAGCUCGAGCGGUGCCAGUGCUAGAGAUAAAGAGCGUGAAAGAAGAAGGAAGUUGAAGGAGCAGGAAGAAAAAGAGAGAGAGAGAGAGGAAAGAGAAUACGACAGAAGAUUAAGAGAGCAAGAACUAGAAGAACUUAGAAAAACGCGUGACUUACUAGAUAAAGAAAGACAGAAUCUUAAGUCUGCCCAGAGUAAAGAACUACCCCCAAUUAAACCUCCUAGACCCACAACUUCGACAUCGAACUCGUCCCGUAGUGUUAACCAGUCGAGAUCACAGUCGAAACAACCGGAGUAUGAUUGGUUUGAAUUUUUCCUCAAUUGCGGAGUGGACGUCAAUAACUGCCAGCGUUACACUAUCAACUUUGAAAGAGAACAAAUCUCUGAGGAAAUUUUGCCCGAUAUUCAACCCUCUCUGCUAAGAACACUUGGUUUACGCGAAGGUGACAUCAUUAGAGUGAUGAAAUUUUUGGAUCAUAAGUUUGGAAGAGAAACGCUGUCCUCCACCGCAACUGGAGGUCUAUUUUCUGAACCAGAUGGCUCUUUGAAAGUAUCUCAGACGCAGAACGCUGUGGCGAAUUCUGGAGUUAGCGAUAAACUACUGCCCCAACACACAGCACCUGCUAGCUCACAGACGGCUUCCGCACCAGAUGACGAAGCCUGGACUGUUAGACCUGCGGCUAAAUCCGAAGCAAGUCUACCCCCACAAAAAUCAGAAUUUACUGGUUCAAUGCAAGAUUUACUGGAUCUCCAGCCAUUAGAACCUAAAAAAGCUCCUGCGUCUAGUAACAGCGUACCUCAACCAAAUUUGAAAGAUUUAGAAGCUGUGAAAACGGGGUCAUCAUCUAAAACAAAUGAUAUUUUGCUGCCUAAUCAGACAGGUAUGUCAUUGGCUCCUUUGGAUCCAUUUAAAACUGGUGGUCAUAAUAUUUUGCCAAUGGCCACUGGUUUCGUUAUGAUGCCGAUGGCAACGGGUGGCCUCCUACCUCUUCAAAGAACAGGUGGCAUGGUUAUGCCUCAGACUAGUUUCGGAAUUCAGCCGACAGGGAGUGUUUUACCUGUCCAAAAGACAAGUGGUGGUCUUAUUCCUGUCAAUACCGGUGCACUAAUGCCCCAAACGACAUUCGGUGUGCAACCUGCUAGUGGCUUAGUUCCAUUACAAAGAACAGGAGGAGCUUUACCUCUUCAGCAGCCAUUUAUGCAAUCUGUACCUACCGGUGGUUUACUUCCACAAAAUACUAAUGGGGGGCUAAUGCCGCUUCAGAGAACUGGGGGUAUUCCCCAAACGUCAUUUGGUAUGCAACCAACUGGGGGAAUCCUUCCUCAAACCACGAGCGGUACAAUGCCUUUACAAAGGACUGGGGGCUUACUACCUCUUCCACAAACUUCUUUCGGUGUUCAAAACACAACUAUUGGUACCGGUAUACCACAGACGAGCUUUGGUGCACAAAUGACAGGGGGGAUGACCAUGCCUCAGACGAGUUUCAUGAGUCAAAUUACUGGUGGUGCAAACAUGAUGCCACAAACUAGUUUUGGAAACCAAAUGACUGGCGGGGCCAAUAUGAUGCCACAGUCAACUUUUAACACCCAAAUUACUGGCGGUCCUGCAAAUGUGCUUCCACAGAACACUUUUGGACUUCAACAAACAGGUGGCCCCGUUGGUAUGCAGAGAACAGGUGGAGGUGUUCCAUUGCAGUCAAUGUCUCUUGGCUCAGUGUCAACAGGAGGAUUUCAACCUCAAUCACAGUUUGGUUUGAACAUUCAGAGGACAGGGGGUUUGAGUUCACUUCCUCAAACGUCCUUUUCAACGGGAGGACCUUUGCAAUCUUUGAACGGAUCGACUACUGGAGGAAUGAACCAAAUGACAAACAUGUUCCAGAAUACCUCUAUCUCACAACCAGCAUUACAAUCACAACCUACUGGUUUUGGUUUUGGUAAUGGACCUCAAGCUCAAGGUAAACAAGCUAAUCUUUUUAACGCAACGGCCGAUAAUCCAUUUGGUUUUUGA